UGCCGGUAUAAAAGGCUCGGGCCACUCCUAACGACACUCCUCCCGCAUGUCUGGAGACCUCCGGUGCUUUCAGCUGAGACUGACAGGGGGGAGGGAGGCUGCUGCUGCUGUGUGUGUCCGGGACAAGGAGACAGACAGGCGGAGAACCGGAGAGAGGAUGGCCACGCUGGUAGAAGCCCCAGAUGCGCAGCCUUUAGGCGGCCACAGCAACACCGGAGCGUCCCCGACCUCCUCCGGCCCCUCGCAGCGCUUCAACGACGGCAAAUUCUACCUGCUGGUGGUCAUCGGAGAGAUCAUCACCGAGGACCACCUCAGAUGUGCCAUUGCGGAUAUAGAAAAAGGGAUUCGUUCAUGGGACACCAACCUCCUUGACUGCAACCUGGACCAGGAGCUCAAGCUGUUUGUCUCCAGACACUCGGCUCGUUUUUCUGCUGACGUCAAAGGGCAGAGAAUCCUCCACCAUAAAAGCAACAUCCUGGAGACGGUGGUGCUCAUUAACCCUUCAGAUGAAGCUGUCAGCACUGAGGUUCGUUUAAUGAUCUCCGACGCUGCCAGGCACAAGCUGCUGGUCCUUUCAGGGCAGUGCUCAGAAAAAACUGGGGAGCUGAUUCUUCAGUCUGGAUCCUUUUCUUUCUGCAAUUUCAUUGACAUAUUCACUGAUCAAGAGAUUGGUGAAUUGCUCAGCACCAUUCACCCAGCGAACAAAGCCAACCUUACACUGUCCUGCCCUGAACAAGGAGACUGGAAAAACUCCAACUUGGACAAACACAACCUGCAAGACUUCAUUAACAUGAAACUCAAUUCCACUCUCAUCCUUCCUGAAAUGGAGGGCCUCUCCGAGUUCACCGAGUAUUUAUCAGAAUCAGUAGAGAUCCCAUCUCCUUUUGACAUGUUAGAACCUCCAACCUCAGGUGGAUUCCUCAAACUCUCCAAACCAUGUUGUUACAUUUUCCCUGGUGGCCGAGGUGACUCUGCUCUCUUUGCUGUAAAUGGUUUCAACAUGCUCAUUAAUGGUGGCUCAGACAGGAAGUCAUGCUUCUGGAAACUGGUGAGACACUUAGACCGGGUGGACUCCAUCCUCCUGACACACAUUGGCGAUGACAAUCUUCCAGGUAUUAACAGCAUGUUGCAGAGGAAGAUUGCUGAGCUGGAGGAGGAACAAUCUCAGGGUUCAACAGCUAACAGUGACUGGGUGAAGAACAUGAUUUCUCCAGAUAUUGGUGUCGUGUUUGUGAAUUUUCCUGAAAAUCUGGAUAACCCUGAACCUAAUUACAGGGUGCGGAAAAAUGUCGAGGAAGCGGCAAUCACCCAACAGUUUCUAAACAAGCUAAAUUUGAGGAUUGAGCCUUUGCAAAAACCUGUAGGAAACACUAUAGAACCAAUCACACUUUUUCAAAAAAUGGGAGUCGGAAGGCUUGAAAUGUAUGUGCUUAACCCUGCAAAGAACAGCAAAGAGAUGCAGCACUUUAUGAAGCAGUGGACAGGAAGUGAAAGGGACACUACUUCCAUUCUACUUCCAAAUGGUAAAGAAUCAGAGUUUCCUCUUUCCUACUUGACUUCUAUUGCUUCACUAAUUGUGUGGCACCCUGCAAAUCCCUCAGAUAAGGUUGUGCGAGUCCUUUUCUCAGGAAAUGCCACCCAAGAUCACAUCUUUGAAGGCUUAGAAAAACUAAAACACUUAGAUUUCCUGAAACAGGCAGUUGUCACUCAACAAACUUUGUCCUCUAGUUUGCCAUCAACACCAACACUUAAGCAAACAAAGAUGAAACACAGAACAGACAGCAAAGAGAGCCUCAAGUCCACCCCAAAGCCAUCGCCAAUCAAAAACAUCCAAAAGAGUUCAAAAGAAGAAAUGGCAGAUAAGGCUAAGACAGAUGUAGAAUCGGCUCAAGAGAAAACAGAAAAGCUUGAGAAAAAAGAAAAGGUUCUGCUAAAAAAAGCAAAGGUACCUGAAAAAGAAUCCAAAGCUAGGACUGAUCAAACCAACCAAAAUGAAACGCCGGACAAAAAGUCAGAGGCAAAACCCAAAAUCGAAAAGCUUAAAAAAGAAGCCAAAGUUUCAGUGGACAAGAAAAAGGAAGUUAAAAAAGAAGUUGCAAAGAAAGACGUUACAUCCAAACACGAAGCUCAAAGGGAUGAAAAAGUCAAGAAAGAUGAGGCAAAAAGAGUUGUGAAAAAGGAUAUCAGAAAAGAUUCACCAAUGAAAGAGAAAAAAGAAGAGAAGAAAGAACAAAAGAAAGAUGUUAAAAGGCCCUCUAAGGAUGUGAAAAAGACCACCAGUGUAGGAGAAGAAAAGAAUCUUAAACCAAAGCCGCUGAAAAAAGAAGACUCCUCAAAAAAAGAUUUAGGAGUUCCAUCCAAAUCGAAAGAUAAAGGAAAGUCAAAGGUGCUGAAGAAAGAGACAAAAGUAGAUGGCAAACAAAUAGCAACCAGUGCAGUCAGUGUUGCAGAAGAUUUAGAAGCAGAAAGAUCUUUGAUGUCCUCACCAGAAGACCUCACCAAAGACUUUGAGCAGCUCAAAGCUGAAGAGUUGAUUGAAGGUGAGGCAAAUGUAGAACAAAAUGAGGAAAGAGAGGCAUCAUUGAUCCAUGACGAGCAAAUAACACAAAUCAAAGAGUCACCAGAAGCAUUAGAGUCUGUGGAUGAGGGUAUAACAACAACAGAAGCAGAGGGAGACAACGAAGAGACUCCAGAAGAACAAGUGCUCAAGGAAAAACUUACCGAUGGUGUUGGUGAGAGGUUUGAAGAUGAGGGCACUGUAUUAGAAGAAACUUCAGAGGGAGGGGAUUAUGAAGAGAAGGGAGAGACGGAGCAGGUUUAUGAACCACAAAGGGUGGAAGCAGAUCAGGAGAGUGAUCUUACACAGUUUACGAAUGAGCAUGAAGUUAAACAUGAUGAACCAAAACAAAGUGAUAAUGUGAAAAACGAUGAUGAUGAUGUGACAUGUACAAAUGUAGAAGAGAAGCCUGUAAGUUCUAAAGAAACAGAAAGGUUGAAUAUUAUAGAAUCAACCUCACCUAAAGUGUCCUCACCAGUUUCUCCUGCUGCAUCUAUCCAUGAUGAGGUGUCUCCAGCUGGCUUUGAGAAUUCCACAGCUUCAGAUGAAGACAACAGAGCUGAACCCCAUGAGGAGCCAUUGUGCACAUCUGGCCACACACAGUCCACUACUGAAGUUACUACUGUACCUACUUCAAUGGAUGAGAUGUUGACUCCCAGGAAUAUUAUGAGUGAUGAAGCCAAUCAUGAGACAGGAGCUCCUUCAGGGGAUGUUGGCAGAUUUGCAAAAUCUGCAUCAGGAGAGUUUGAUAAAAAGCUCUCUCCACUUCAGGCUUUUCCAGGAUCAAGUCACUCUGAUGCCACAGAAGGCCAGAACUAUGACCAUUCUGCUUCUACAAUAUCUCCUCCGUCAUCUUUAGAAGAGGAUAAAUUUGGUAAAGAGUUUCCCUUUACAGGAACAGUUGAGGGAUUUGCCACUGCUCAAGAGUCACACAUUAAAAAUGAAGCUAACUCACCUGAACUUGAGUCAAAAUCCCCAACAUCACCUCUUGUUUGUUCUCCCUCGAUGGAGUCUAAGGAAACUUAUGAUCCUCCAUCAAUGUUGGCUGCUCCAAUAGAACUGUCAUCCACACUGGCUAGUUGCACUCUAGCAAGAACUGAUGCUUCUAAGUGCCCAGAUGACAUGCCAGUGGAAGGAGCUGAUUCACCUCAGUCCUCUGGUCACACCCCUUACUAUCAGUCACCAGUGGAAGAGAAAGUGGGAGCUGUACCAUUUGUGUCACUAGCAAAGUCACAGGGUCCAGUCAUUGUGGAGGUCACAAGUGAUAAAGAAGAAUCCACUGACAUAGUUACCCCGGAGCCAAAUGAACCAGAACUAGAACAUUGUUCCCCAGUAGAGAGGGUAGUUUCCCCUCCGAAAAGCCCACCACUUGACUCUGAAUCCUCAAUGAAGAAGGAGGCCUUGUUUGAUAUGGAAUCAAAGAAACCUGUUGAAAAUAUCCAUUCAGUGCUUUCCCCAGCUCCACUGGCCAAGCAUGAAUCAGACACCAAUCCUUUUGCAAGUUUUAAAGAAGAGAGUAAAAUGUCUAUUUCUGAGGGUACCACAUCAGACAAGUCUGGAACUCCACUGGAAGAAGUAGUGGCAGAAGAUAAUUUUUCACAUCUAGCCUCAGCAUCCACAGCCUCGUUGGCCACCAGCUCAUUUCCAGAGCCAACAACUGGCUCCUCUCUUCAUGCUGAGGUGGGAUCUCCUCACUCAACAGAGGUAGAUGACUCAUUGUCUGUCUCUGUGGUCCAGACCCCAACAGCCUUCCAGGAGGCUGAGGGAUCACCAACUAAAGAAGACAGUCCAAGGCCAAUGUCCAUUUCUCCAGAAAUCUCACCUAAAACCAAAUGCAACACACAGGAUAGUAAAUCCUCAGAGCAUUCUGCCAUGUCUGUAGAGUUAGGCCAAGACUCCCCUGAUCACUCGUUAGCACUGGAUUUCAGCAAGCAGUCUCCAGAGCACCAGUCACUGGGCAGUAACUCGCAUGCUACAGAAAAUGGACCAACUGAGGUCGACCAUAGUCCCUCAGAUGGAACAGAUGCAAGAGCAUCAAAAGAGUUGAAACCUGCCAUAGAAAGUCCUGUGCUUUUUGAAGAGAGUGAUUUAGUCUGUACCACUUCUGCAUCUCCAUCCGAUGCAUCUCAGUCCACACCAUCUGUUACAACCCCAUGUCAGAUAACAGAGGUCCCCCACACAGCUGUGGAACAGACAGAUAAAUCUCCAGUCACCCCAAAGGCAUCAUCUCUCACCCUCUCUCCCCAUUCCAAUGAGCCAUCUCCAGUUCUAGGAGGCCCUAUAGUCAAAGACGGUACCAGCCCCAUCUCACUGUCUGAGAGCACAAAUAAAUCUGAUUCAUGGCAGAAAUGUGACAAUUCACCCUCACCUCCUAAAGCUUCUUCCCCAUCUGCGUCUUUUGAUCUUUCAAAGAAAGAUACACCUUCCCCUGCAAAGGAGACUAAUCCUUUUAAAUGUGAAGAUUUUAUACCGGAAAAAGAAUCUCCUGUGAGUCCUAAACUUCCUUCACCGUCACAAUUAGCCUUUUCCACUGAUCAAAACAAUCACAAUUCUCCCUGUGGCUCAAAAGCACCAGACACCACAAAGAAGAGUCCUUGUGCUUUAUCUAAGACAGACGUUGACCUAUGUCUUGUCUCUUCUUGCGAGUAUCGCCACCCCAAGACUGAAUUAUCACCAUCUUUCAUUAACCCUAACCCUCUAGAAUACUUCAUCAAUGAAGAAAAUGCCACUGAUGACAAGAAGCCUCUGGCCAAGUCAGGGGGAGGGCCUCCACCUCCAGGAGGUAAGCUCUCUGCCAAACAGUGUGAGGAUACCCCGCCCACAUCCAUCAGUGAGUCUGCUCCCUCACAGACAGAUUCAGAUGUACCACCUGGGACUGAAGAGUGCCCCUCUAUCACAGCGGAUGCAAACAUAGACUCUGAAGAUGACUCUGAGACUCUGCCUACUGACAGAACUCUGACCUACAGGCAGGCUGAUCCUCCUCCAAUGGCACUCAGGGACACGGCUCCAACUUCAGGCACCCAUGAUGUUUGUAUGGUGGACCCAGAAGCACUAAAGGCAGAGGAGAACCUUCACAAUACUAACACAAAUGGUGUAGACAAGUCCAGUAAGAAAAAGCUCUCAAAGAAGUCCUCAUCACCAGCUAGGAAGACUGGUCCGUCAAAAAUCAAGGACUCAAAGACUGCUUCUCCAAAGAAGGGGGUUGGAGAAGGUAAAGAUGCCAAAAAUGCGACUAAUACCUCUGCUUCCAAAGGUGUUAAAAACACUGGAGGUGGAAAAGCGUCAUCUCUGUCCAACUGUCCUCCUAUGUACAUGGAUUUGGUUUACAUCCCCAAUCACUGCAGUGCCAAAAAUGUGGAUGCGGAGUUCUUCAAGCGUGUCCGAUCCGCUUACUUUGUUGUCAGUGGCAAUGACCUGACAGCUCAGGAACCCAGCCGAGCUGUCCUUGAUGCUUUACUUGAAGGAAAAGCCCAGUGGGGAAACAACAUGCAAGUCACUCUAAUUCCAACCCAUGACACGGAUGUGAUGAGGGAGUGGUACCAGGAGACUCAUGACAAGCAGCAGGAGCUGAACAUCAUGGUCCUGGCGAGCAGCAGCACAGUUGUCAUGCAGGAUGAAUCCUUCCCAGCUUGUAAGAUAGAGCUGUAGCCCAGUUUGGCAAGAUGUCAGGAAGGAGUGUAUACACACACAAAAACAAACCAUGUAGCAAAAGCCUAAAAAGAGACACAUUAAAAAGAAAACUGAUGUUUAUUUGUUUAUUUGAUAAUAGGGUUAAAGGAGGGGAGAAUUUAGACCAGCAUAUCCAUGAUUGUUCCAUUAAGAAGGACCCAGUACAAAAACAAUAAUAUAUUUAUUUCCUCUUGAGUCAAUAAAGACUCUUCAAACGCAGACUCUUCAGUUCUGAAAUGACAGCUCUCAUCCAGAACAAAUGCUGAAACAUAACUCCUUCUGUAACCGCCUUAGGGAGUCAAAAUGAAUGUACAAGAUGAAGGUAACUAAACAUCCUAUCAGUGGUGGGCACAGUUCUACCAAAUGGCUAAAACGCUGAUAGUAGCACAAAUUUUCAUUUAGCGCAUUAGCAUUUUUGCUAAAUUUGUAAACAUUGAUCACAACUUCCGAUAAAUUGUAAAUUUUUUCAUUUCUCUUGCUGUUUUGUAAAUUUGCAGUUCAAUAAAGCUCAUCAAAAAAUAAUAAUAAGUCGAACACUGUAUGUAACAAGAAGUGAUUAGCUGAAGGGAUGCUAUUGGCUCACUCUGUGUUCGUGAUGAAACGUGAUUGGUCAACGCUGCGGUGAGAAAGUGAAAACAGUAUUGUGAAUUUCUGCACGCUUCCACAACAUUUGCUGUGUAAAACUUGUUUUUCAUCAUUUUUUGUGUAAGUGUGUAGCAUCUUUGUGUGCCCACCUGUGUUAGACGGGGCUAUUUCUGAUUUGGAUUGGUCAAAUCACCACAAAUUUUCCCAUCCACCUACAAAUCUAACCAACAGAAUUAAACAACAGGUUUGUGUCAGUCUCACCAGUCUUCAACUGGAAAGGGAAGAAGACAAGUGAUACAGACUGAGUUUAGUUUCACGUUAGCGGAGCUAAUAUUCUUGUUUAAUGGACUGGUGGUUAGUGACGCUGACUUUGGUAAGUUGUGCCCACCACUGUACUCAACAUGACCUUUCAUGGGGAGAAAUGAUAAUUGUGAUCAAAUAGAUGGUUGUUUGACAGUGAUGAGCAUCAAUACGAAGCUUCACAUCUUAUUCAUCAUGAACAUGUUAAAGUGCUGCUACUAUUUAACCUUUCCUUUGAAAUGGCUGAGUUUAUUUACUAUCCAGUUAAUGUCUGAUUUAAGUUGCAGCUCAUGUUUUAGAAAUAGUUUCAAAAGUUCAAUUCAAGUUAUUACACUUUGCACAAAGAAGUUCAUAGCACUCUCCUUUGCCUUUGUAUAAAAAAAAGUUUUUACAGAUUGUAAUAUCUGUAAAGCCUUUUUAAAAUACUGCCUUUCAUUUUAAUUUAUGUGCUUUCUUUACAUAUUUUAAGGUGUUUUUUAAAAGAAAUGAACUCAACCUUAUUUCUUAUAGCUGUUUUUAAUGUAAACAACAAUGGGGAGCUAGUAUUUCCCGAUGUAAAGCUGGUGAAGCAGGAUAUUUUCCUAAACCUUAAAAUGUCUUGUUUUUUCUAAAAACAUUGUACUAUAAUUAUAAAGAACAUUGUGGCUGGUCAAGUGGUUGGGAGACAUGCCUGUGUUUUGCUAUGCCACUUAUAUUUGUCUGUUAAUGAGGGUUUUGCUCAUAUUUGCAUUCCGAACAACACGGCAGCAUAGGCAUAUUUUAAAUGUUACUCAAGUUAUGUAUGAUUUCUGCAAGCUGUGCCAUGAUGUAUGUAUUCCGCAUAAAUUCUGAUGAACGCCUGUGGCUCUGAGGUCACAGGAAACUUGUUCAAAUACAGGCUAAUGCUAAAAACCUUGCACCAGAAUGACAACAAAGCAGCUUCUGGAAGGAGCGUAGUCUUCUGAGAGGUCAAGCUAUGUAAAAACCAAAACGAGACUCUUUUAAAGAACAAACACGGCUCAUACCAAAACCAAUGCUACAGGGGCCUCAAAUCAACUUUGACAGGCAACCUUCUGGAGAGACAUUCAGCAAACCACCACACGACGAUUACAGGCUUCGGUGUAUUUUUUGGUCUGUUUAAAGGAAUUUCAGUGGCUUUUUCUGAAAUGACGUCAAGUGUUCAUGAUACCACCACAGACUAGUUUUCCUGCAGAAGAAUCUCAAACACUCACAAUAAAUUUACACUCUCACUGAACUGAUAUUUCUCUUUUCUCUGCCUUCUGUCUCUACUCUUUCUCUGACUAUUUAUCUGCCUUUCCCUCCUCCUCACCUUUCUCUUGGGAGAACUUUAUUAACAUUUGUCUGCAGCGAUGUGGUAUAUUCGUCUUGUGGUCUUGCAUCUUCUCUUCCCUUAACCCACCUACCAACACAUACAUAUGUAACCUAUAGUGAUUAGUUUUGAGUGGAAAUGUUUCCUGUAGUGCUUUCUGAUGUUUGUGUGCAAUACAUCCUCUACUGUAGCCAUAUGGCAGAUCUAAUGUAAGAGUAACCACUACUAAAGGACAGCCACAAUAAAAUCUGUUGUGAACAAA